AUGCUCUGUGCAGUUCAUCACAAGUUGUAUAAGGCAGCAAGAUCAGGUGAGGUUGAUUUCUGGAGAAAAAAUAAAGAUGCUGACGUACCAGAUGAUCUUCUCCAUCAGAAAACGCCUAUGGACAAUAAUAUACUUCACAUUGCCGCUGAGUUCAAGCACAUGGAUUUCUUCAAACAAAUCCCACCACAAUCGCCAUUGUUUUGGACCACCAACAACAAGGGUGAAACUCCCCUCCACGUUGCUGCUAGAGUUGGUUGUGAUGAAGGAGUUGAGUUCCUCAUUAACCAUGCAAAACCCUAA